UUGUUGUUGUUGUUGUCUUCUGCAGGCACUGCAGUCCACUUGCCCUGAUCAGGUUAUGUUUUUGUGCACAAUCUUUGCUUAAUUUUGUUCGUAAGUUGAAACUUCGAGUUCUGUCGUCAUGCGGUUAAAUAAGCCAACGCCUCUUCGCCCGUUAAUUCACUAUGCGGAACUAUCAAAAUUGGUUUCGCGGCUUAAAAUCCCGGUUCAUUGGCACGUGAAGAAACUUCGUCGCGGCGAUGUACCAGGACCAGAGGGACGUCUAUUGAAACUGAGGGCAUCUGUAACAGCCCUGUUUAAGUACGAGAGAAUAGAAAUGGACUACUAUCCUGCUGACGAAGCAAGAGGAUAUGCUGAAAGGUUGAUUUCAGAAGCAGUAAGGAAUGGUCCCCAAUGCCCAGAAACUAUGGAAAUGGCAGACUGGUGGCUCGAAGAAAAGCAACUUGUACACAAACUUUUCAAAGUUCUUGUACCUCGAUACCAAAAUUAUCCAACAUCCUAUACAAACUUUUAUAGAGCACCAUUCUGGUACUUUUCGGAUGGUUUCCAGCCUCAACUUAAUGAAGAGUACCCAGACAAAGAGAUCAAUGAAACUAUUCCAGCCUUUCGAACGGUAUCUUAUCCGAAAGGACUUCUUGAGCUUAAAGGAAAUCCAUAUCCCCCAAUUUUUCCUUCAAAAGUCACCAACCCGCGUUCAAUCCAGAAUGUGCUGCUAUCUUCAGCCAAGGACUUUUAUAAAUCAAAAGAGGGAGGAUCUGAACGAUUAAGUAAUGCUGAAAGUGGCAGAGGUAUUGAGUUUGUUCCCAACGAACCAAAGUCAGAUGAAAAUUUAAUAGAGUCCUCAAAGUGAGUUAAAAUUAUUUUACUCACAUUUCUUUGUGUUUUCUUAGUGUUAGUGCUUAUUUGAUAAUUGUGUUUAUUUCAAUAAAACUCAUUUUCUAAAGCAA